GUAUCAGUUCACUUACUUUACAAUUAGAACUCGUCAGCAAGUGUCUCUAAAGGAAAUUGCAGACCCACAAUCAUUUGCAAAAUGACUAAAUUUUCAAUGUAUAUUAUUUUGCUGAUUUUACAUUUUGCAACGGUUUAUUCAAAGCCGUUUGAAAGCUCAGAGCCUUUCAUAUCUGUAUCGAAAAACCAACUGGAGACGUCAAAUCCAGUUUCGUUCAUAGCUCUAAAGGAUCAAUCAACUUCUGAUUCACCUGACGGUUCCACAACUGACUCUCCGAGCUCAACGCAGGAACAAGAUGAUUCCACUGAGACAAAUAAUUCAUCGACUGAAUCGUCGGAUUCAACACCUGAUUCGAGUUCCACUGAUAAUUCUUCGCCUGCAGUGCAAGACUCAACUUCCGAUUCAACGACACCUGAUAGUUCAAAUCCAACAUCAGAUUCAUCAGACUCAACAGUUGAUUCAGCUGCGUCAAACAAUUCCACAAAUACAGCGGUAGAUCAAAAGAACUCAAAUACAACAGACAGAUCAAGUUCAACGUCUGAAACUCCAACGGCUGUAGCAGUGAAACCUUCCUUAUGGUCAAUCAUAAGUAAAUCUUUGAGUUCUCUUCUCCAAGGCCUUAUGUGGGUAGUAAAACUGAUACUCACACCAAUAGUAUGGUUGCUAGUUGCAAUAAUUAAACUUGUACAGUCAUUGCUGAACACGAUACUGAAGACUCUCAAUUCGGUUUUGUCAAAACUUCUCGGUGCAUUGGGUCUCGGGAGCGUUGCCAAAUUAUUAGCGGACUUGUUAAAUUCAAUUCAGAACGUUCUUGACGCCACGCUUAAUACAGUCAAUAACAUUUUGUUAUCACUUUCGUUAAUAAAAUAAUUCGAUCUGUAUUGAUUAAAUGUUUAUAAGAACAUUAAAUUGUUCUGUUAAUAAAACUUACUUGCCAAAAUUA